AUUCAGUCUGCUUCUUUGUUUUAACUGUUUUGGGAUAGGGAGGAUUUAAAAUUUUAAUUAAAAAGACAAAAUGUUCUUCUUCAUGACCCUAACCCUACAUACACACUAGUGGAAAAUAAAUAAAUAAAUAAAAACAACAACAAAAAAAAAACAAAUCUUGCACUCAUUCAGUGCAACUCAAUCAGUCAGUCAAGUUGCGAUGUGAGCUUUAACAAAUCCAAAGGGGCAGACCAAUGAUGUCAACUGACCAGCUGAGUUUUAUUUAGGGCUGGAGCUCCUCAGAUACCCACCAGCAGCUGUUGGGGAACAUGUUCGUUUGGACUUUCGCAUUCUUCUGAACGUUCAACCUUGUCUGGAAAUCACAGUCACAAUGACCCUCCAGUGGACAGCUGUGGCUUUCUUUCUCUAUGCAGAGAUAGCAGUCAACCUCAUCUUGUGUAUACCCUUCAUAUCAGCAAAGAGAUGGCGUUUGGUUUUCAGCUGGAGAAUAUGGAGCUGGUUAUCUCCGUACUGGAACAAAUGUUUCUUUACCAUGAUCAUGGUUCUUAUUGUUCUUUUCCUUGAUGCUGUCCGUGAGGUGCAGAAGUACUCAGGUCCAGAGCCCAUGCAUGAUGCCAAGGUGAACCCAAAUUUGUACGACCAUGUCCACAUGAAGCUGUUCAGAGCCCAGAGGAACCUCUACAUAUCUGGCUUUUCUCUCUUCCUCUGGCUUAUCAUGCGUCGAGUUGUCACUUUGCUAAACCAGGUUGCUGUCACCUUGGAGGACAGUGCAGGUCUUCAGGCACAGAUGGACAGUGCUGUCAAAGCAACCAAGCAGUGCCAGGACAACAACCUGAUGCUGAAACAAGCUCUGCUGGACGAGGAAAAAGCCAUGUCAGCAAAAAACCAGCAACUGAAGUUGGAGGCUGAGAAGCUGGCAAAUCAAGUGAAGGCUGCUGAGGAGGCUGUGCGCAAGUCUCACGCAGAAGUGGAAGCCAUGAGGAGACAAGCCAAAGGUCUCGCGCAAGAGUACGACAGGCUAUUGACGGAGCACCAUCAACUCCAGAAUCUCCAGAAUGCUGCAGACAAAAAGGAUCAGUAACCACAGGAAUACAGUGACAAUUGUUUUAAGGUGUUGCUUGCUCCAUUUUUUUCAGUGGAUACUGUUUCUUCUCAUUACAUUAGGCCUGUAUAUGCAGUAGGCCACCAGA